UCGUUUGAUUAAACAUUCCCUCCUUUAGAGCGGCUCAAAAACUAAACCUGUCCUCUAAAAAGAAGAAGCAGAAGCCGACGCCCACUGCUCCAUUGACCACGCCCCUUUUCCCAACAAACUUCAGUGGAAUCCUGCAGGUCACGUCUCCACCAGCCCCACCCUGUCUGCUCAGAGCUGUCAGUAAAGUGAGAGAUAAUCCAGGACUCGGCAAGGUGAAGGUGAUGCUGCGUGUGUGUGCCGUGUCCCAUGCUGAGUCCAGCUCCUUCCUGAAAGUGGACUCUCGUAAGAAACAGGUUAGCAUUAUGGAUCCAUCUGUUAACUCCACCUCCCAGCAGAGCUCCAAUCACAAACGAGGAGCCUCCACCCAAGUACCACCCAAAAUGUUCACCUUCGACUCUGCCUUCUCACAUGAUGCCUCACAGGCGGAGGUGUGUGCUGGUACCGUAGCCGAGGUGAUCCAGUCGGUUGUGAAUGGAGCUGAUGGAUGUGUGUUCUGUUUUGGUCACUCCAAACUGGGAAAAACCUACACCAUGAUUGGGAAGGACGACUCCAUGCAGAACCUGGGCAUUAUCCCCUGCGCUAUCUCCUGGCUCUUUAAAAUCAUUACGGAGCGGAAGGAGAAGACCGGAGCUCGAUUCUCUGUCCGUGUCUCUGCCGUGGAAGUCUGGGGGAAAGAUGAGAACCUGAAGGACCUGCUGUCUGACGUGGCCACAGGCAGUUUACAGGAUGGCCACUCACCUGGGGUUUACCUGUGUGAAGACCCCAUCUGUGGCAUGCAGCUGCAGAAUCAGAGCGAGCUGCGAGCGCCGACUGCAGAGAAAGCUGCCUUCUUUUUAGACGCCGCUAUCGCAGCUCGGUACAGCAGCCGAGCCGAAUGUGAUGAGGACGAACAUCGUAACUCACACAUGCUCUUCACACUGCACAUCUACCAGUACCGCAUGGAGAAGAGCGGAAAAGGAGGCAUGUCCGGAGGCCGCAGUCGUCUGCACCUUAUAGAUUUGGGAAGUUGUGUGAAGGAGUUGUCUAAACCCUGUGAAAGUGCCACAGCCACUCAGUGUCUGUCUCUCUCGGCCCUCGGCAACGUCAUCCUCGCCCUCGUCAACGGCUCCAAACACAUUCCCUACAAGGACAGUAAGUUAACUAUGCUGUUGCGAGAGUCGCUGGGAAACAUGAAUUGUCGCACGACCAUGAUCGCUCACAUCUCCUCCUCUCCCAGCCAUUUCUCAGAAACUUUGUCUACACUACAGAUUGCUUCUCGAGUGCUGAAGAUGAAGAAGAAAAAGACUAAAGUAAGCUUGCAGUACACAUCUAGCUCCUCUGGUGGAGAAAGCUCAUGUGAGGAGGGAAGAAUGAAACGUCCGACUCAGCUCCGCAACAUUCACUCCAGGAACAUUAGAGGAUCUGAAAUACAGCUGCUUCACAUUACCAGCGACCAAGAUGAUUAUUCCAGCAGUGAGCAGUCUUGUGAUACUGUCAUUUACGUAGGUCCAAACGGUUCUGCACUUUCAGACAGAGAGCUCACAGAUAACGAAGGUCCUCCAGAGUUUGUACCCAUCAUAACAUCUAUUCAUGAGGAUAAGGGAGGCCAAAGCAGGCAGUCAUCUCAGUUAGGUGAUGCUUUAAUCCAACCACCACAAAAUGUCCAGUCGAUUCAGACCCUUCAUCCUCAGACACUUCCUCCUGUAGCUGAAGAAACUGCAGUCCCUAGCAAGCAGGAGAAAGAUUGUCUCAAAUGCAACACAUUUGCAGAGCUGCAGGAGCGUCUGGGGUGCAUUGAUGGCAGCGAGGAAGUAAACAGUUUUCCUUUUGAAGAAGUUCUGUCCAACAGACUUAAGAAAAUUGAAUCUCUUCCAUCCUGCACCACCACAGAGGAUCCCAAGAGGAUCUCUAAUGAUCAGCAACUGGAGGAGAUCCGGGAAGUGGUAGAGGAAGCAGAGAUUGCACAGUCCAUUAUAGAAAGUCUGGCAAAGUCCACAAUAAACACGUCUCCUCUUUCUACAAGUGGAACUGGAGGGACUGGUGUUAGACAGCUCACAUCUCUUCAAAGGGCCAACAGUCUUCACAACAGCAGGGAGUCCAUUAGUGGAGGAAGCAGCAGUGACAGUAAACCUCGUUCCUCUGGUUCCCCCAGACUCGGUAUAGCUAGCUUGACAAAAACAUCAGAAUUCAAACCUCCCUAUUCACCUUCUCAGCGCUGCAAAGUGUACACCCAGAAAGGCGUAAUGCCUAAUACACAUCCACAAUCCACACAAAACUUGUACAGAGAUUCAGGAAAGUCAUCUACUGAGUCGUUGCUUCAGGCUGAAUUUAGAACAUCUCCUGUCGGGACGGGUCCUCAGGUACUGAAAUGCUCUUCUUCCUCCAACAGUUUAGGAUCAGUGGACACACUGUGUGAUGAUGUUCCUCAACUACCUCUGGACAAUAAAAACAGCACACCGGUCACCUUGCAGCAGUUAGAGCCACAGGCUGAAGAUGACUUGGUCUUUACCCUUGUUGAGGAGUUAACACUGAACGGGAUCAUAGAGGACGGCAGGCCCACCAGUGUAAUCAGCUUCAACAGUGAGUGCUCAGUUCAGGAUCUUGCAUUGGGUCCACGUCCCGUCAGCAUCAUCAGCAGUUUGAGUGAAGACUUGGAUUGCUACAGCAAUCCAACCUCCAUUACCACUGCCACCAUCUCAGAAGCCAACAUUGUUAAAUUUCUGCCUCUCAGCAAGGAGGAAGGAGAGUUCAUCAUAAACCGACGGCCCUCUAACAGUUCUUGGCUGACGGAAAUGAGUACGGGAAGUGGUGAAGGACAACUUUGUCAAAGCUUUGUUAUGCAGCAAUGCUUUGGGCAGGGUGACGGACUAGCUGAGGUUCAGCUUCUGGAAGUUAAUGAGGUAGAGGAGCUCACAGAACAGAACAAGGAGGAUGGAAAUGUUUUCUGUAGAAGUGAAACUUCCACCAAAAUGUCUCCAACCAUGGGAAAAACAACAGUCACUAUUUCCAAUGUUCAGACAUUAUGCACCUUGACUAGCUUUUCCCGUAACAAAACUAAUAUAACAACUCAGCCUUGUGUUGCUCUAAUGCCCAUUAUUCAUGAUACACCAACCAAACCCCCUUCUGACAAAGAUCACAGAUCUCCACCAGUUCCUCUCUCAAGUAAGAUGAUUUUUAAUGAUCCCUGGAUGAAAAGGGAGUCCUCCAGCCCCGAGGAACCUGUCUGUGAAGCAAAGCUAGAGAAAGGAACAUCUGAAUAUAUAAAGAGUAAAAGAGUGUUAGACAGAAAAGGUUUAAGCAGCUGUGAAGCAGAAGGUUCUGAUUCCUUCAAUAGGGUCAUAGAUGGAUGUGAAAUGGUUCUAAAUGCUUCAGAAAACAUCACACCUUUGUUUUCAGCUAACAUCCUCAGGACCGGCAGCCUUCCUAGGGCAUGGCAUCACCUAAACAAGCAGGAUGACCUUGAUGAGUCUUCUUAUCGCUACAUGAGUGGAGAAUAUAAAACCCUUGGAGUUACUACAUCCACUCCCUGCAGUCCUCGAGCCACACUGGAGCGAAGAUUAUCAUCGGGAAAGCAAGGGUUCUUCAGUCGUCCAAAAGGAAUCCCACCCUUACCACCUGUGAGGAAGUCAAGUCUUGACCAGAGAAACAGAGCCAGUCUCCAGCACAAUCCCACAAAUAACCAGUGUCCAAGCCUGCACUUACCGUUCUUGGGCAGCACUCCAGAGAAUCUGGCUGGUAAACAAACAGCACCAAACUUGGAGAGCAGCAGACUCUUCAGUGCCAAACUUGAGCUUUUGGCUAACAGAACCAAUUCUCUGGGAAGGUCCCAUGUUGGCCACUAUGACUGUCAUUCUUUAGAGAGAGGGGAGAGUCUGAUGCUUGUUGGAUCUAAAGCAGCUGUAGUGAGAGAUAGCACCAUGCCCCGAGUUGGCAGAAGCAUCACACGUAACUCUGUCUCUUCUCCAUCCAAUGGACUGACCAGCAAUUCCAGUGUAACACAUUCACCCAAAUCAAGCCAAUCCAAAAUCUCAGCUGUUACCAAACUCCUCAUGGCCAGUCCUAAGUCUCGAAGCCUUUCCACAUCUAACACCAAGAGCUUGAGCUUCUCCACCAAGUCCCUUCCACAGUCAGUAAACAGGAGCUCCAGUCUGCCCCCUAAUGGAAAGAACCAAAACCCAAAUUCUUGGUCAACUCAAUCUCUAAGCCGCAGCAGGGGAUUAGGGCUUGCCUCGAAGCUGCCCCUUAGAGCUGUAAAUGGACGAAUCUCAGAACUUCUGCAGGGCAGUGCAGGCCAGACCAGUCAUGGACGAGGUACAUGUAAUACUGAGGAAAGAGGAGGAACAGUCCAUGGUGCAGCAGUGGUUCAUACACUACCGUCCCCAUAUAGUAAGAUUACUGCUCCACGGAGGCCACAUCGUUGCAGCAGCGGCCAUGCUAGUGAUAACAGCAGCGUUCUGAGUGGAGAGCUGCCACCGGCCAUGGGGAAAACUACACUCUUCUACCACAGUGGGGGCAGCAGUGGUUAUGAGAGUAUGAUACGUGACAGCGAGGCCACCGGAAGCGCAUCUUCUGCUCAGGAGUCUAUGAGUGAUAACAGCAGCUCAAUUAGUGGGAGAAGGAGUCUUAAAAAUGCAAAGAAAAGGAACACAGGAACCCAGAGAAGGCGCCUCAUUCCCAAUUUGACCCUUGACCCCACGUCACCCGUAAGGAAGCCAAUCCUGAGCCCCGGAGCACGCUGGUUUGACGGACCACUUCGGCCCCCACAGAGGGGCGUGGCUGAACCAUUUGAGAUUAAAGUUUAUGAGAUCGACGACGUGGAGCGUCUGCAGAGGAGGCGGACCACCGUCAGUAAGGGCGUGGUGUAUUUCAGCGCUAAGUUAACUAUUUUGGAGCAUCGACAGCAAAGGAUCUCAGAAAUCCAAACCAAAUACGACUGGCUGAAGAAAGAACUGGAACAAACUAAAAAGCACCUGAUGCUUGAGCCGGAGAAGUGGACCUCAGAGUUUGACAUGGAGCCCGUGUUCGAGGUCGACUCUCUGGAGUAUUUAGAGGCGCUGGAGUUCGUCACCCAGCGGCUGGAGAACCGAGUUAAUUUCUGUAAAUCUCACCUGAUGAUGGUCACGUGUUUCGAUGUCACGUGUCGCCAACGGUAACCAUGGAAGGAAAACAGGAAGUGCAGUAGCUACAGAGUGCAUGUCUGUAAUAAUAAAGUAAAACAUCAAAGCAAACUAAAUUCUCAGAAUUUUGUAAAUGUUGAUUUGUUUGAAUGUAAAAUUGGGAAAUUUAACACUUUUAUUUCACAGACAAUAUUAAAGUUAUUUAUUAAACACUUAUGUCACAUGACCUGGGCUGUGUCCCAAUCACAACGUAGCUUAUUAGCUAGUAAAGUUAUCGUGUCCUCAAACUAUAGGUUUAUUUAUCAAUGAAGAAAACUCAGACAUUCACACAGGAGCUUCUGGCUCUGGGAUCACAGGAACGUUCGCAGGAACAUUCACAGGAACAUUCACAUGAACGUUCACAUUCACAGGAACGUUCACAGGAACAUUCACAUUCACAGGAACAUUCACAGGAACAUUCACAUGAACGUUCACAGGAACGUUCACAGGAACAUUCACAGGAACGUUCACAGGAACGUUCACAGGAACAUUCACAGGAACGUUCACAGGAACGUUCACAGGAACAUUCACAGGAACGUUCACAGGAACA